AUGUCUGUCAUUCCAAUGUGCUAUGAAACCCAGUAUUUUGGGUUCACACCACAGACCUGCAUACUUCGACUCUACAUUUCAUUUCAAGAUUACUUAUUUUGACAUGUUGCUGGUUGUGGAGAGUGUCAUCCUGAAAAAACUAGAGAAGUUUCCAAACUCUGGGAUAAAUCGCUUUGAGAUUCGGGAAGGCACGGAAAAAUAUCUGUCCCUCAUUAAUGAACGCUUUAAUCACCUGUUUCAGAAAAUGGAAACCUGUCUUUUAAGACUGGUACUUAAUAUUCCCAGGAAUAUUCUGCUAUGCGAAGAUGAGGUACAUGGAAACUAUUCCUACAGUAAAGACCAGUUUGAUGUGCUCCAGAACGAAGCACAGACAUUACGCACGCAGUACAAAGAAGAAAAGAGUGUAACUCAAUGCCUUUUAGCUGAACUGGAGGAACAGAAAGCCGUGAAGGCAGAAUUGGAAAAGGUACUGGCUUGGUUUGAUGGACUGGACAAAAUUUGCAGAGAACAUGGGAUCAUAGAUCUGAUGGAGAGCUUUGCAUUCAUGGCUCAAACAUCAAAGAAACUGCAAGUCUCUGUAAAAGAAAUAGAUGUAAAGCAUAAAAAACUUGCACUUGAUGUGACUUCCAGGACUCCAGUUCAAAGAAGAACACAAAGAUCUAGCCAAGGAAAACUUAAAUUAUAA